AUGAAAUAUAUUGCUGAUAACUUGACUGUUGCGGCACAACCUCUUAGUGAGGAAGAUCUUACAUUGUAUAUUCUUGGUGGCUUAGAUCCCGAUUAUGAUGCAUUGGUGGUCUCUAUUACCUAUAGAGUUGAAAUCAUAUCCCUUGCUGACUUACAUGGGUUUUUGCUAAGCCAUGAGACACGUCUUGAAAAUCUAAGUACUAUUGAACAAAGGCAAGUGCACUUUACUGCAAAAUCUUCAAAUUUUAAUCCUAAAUGUGAUGAUGGCUACAAAAAGAACUCUAACCCAAACCUGAAUCAACAUUAUGGAGGACGCUCGGGAAGGGGUCGAGGAUGUGGUGGCAGGUUUUAUCAUUCUUAUCAAGUCAAUGCACAAACUCAAAUGGCAGCCUACAUCGCUCCACCAAAUGUUGUAUCUGAUCCAGCUUGGUAUCCAGAUUCUAGUGCUACGUACCAUGCAUCUUACAAAUGA